AUGAAUUCCAAACCAGAAAAAAAGGAGAAUGAUAAGCAGAAUCUUCUGGAGAAAAUUCUGGAGAAAAUCAAGGAGUUGUACAAGAAAGUUUGUGACUACUUCACUGAUUCUGGAUCUGGAUCAUUCGAGUCAUCUGAAUCUGUAGUUCCAACUACCGGACAAAUCACAAAACAUGGUAUUCAUGGAUUCAUCAUCGGAUUAAUCGAGAAUCUUAUUCGAUUUGUGGUCAAAGUUGGCGGCCCACGCGCCUCAAAUAUCGUCACAAUUUACGAUCUCAACUCGAUUAGUUCACUCGGAAAUCCAAAAUGGUACGCUCGUGUCGAUAUGCCACAUACAAACGUCCCAUACCAUCAUAUCAAUGUGAACAAGGCGGUCACUGGUCUCCCGGAUCCACAUAUUCCGAUAUCUGCAUUUGCUGCUGAAACUGCUGGAACCAUCGGAAGAGUUCUGGAAAUUCUCAACACUUUGGCCCCAUAUCUCAUCGCUUUCUUUGUUGCGUACGAUGUGUAUUUGAUUGGGCGUAGUGCUGCGAAAGAUUACAAGAAUCGUUCCAGUAGAAAUACUAUCAAAACGAUUAUCGAUAUUUUGAUGGGACUUCUCGGUGGAUAUGGAGGAUAUUUUGCAGGCGCCGCCAUUGGAACGGCAAUCUUCCCUGGAAUCGGUACAUUGGUUGGUGGUCUUAUCGGUGGAGUCGCUGGUGGAAUUGCUGUCGGAACUGGAGGUCAUAUCACGACUGAAAUGUUGAUGGAUCUCUUCCGUUACGAUAUCGAUGAUUUCUACUGCGCUGAAUGUGGCGAAGAGUUCGAAAAUCGUCGAUAUUUGAAUGGAAUUCAGGAGAAAUGCAAGAAAUGUCGACGAGCAGUUAAAUCGGUCACUUCUCGUUGA